AUGCCUAGUUGGCCGACUAAACUCUUUGCCCCUUCCGCCUCAUCAUCCCACACCCAACCGGAACGAACUACGACACCACCUAGAUUAUAUUCCAUAUUCCCACAGUUGGACGAAUCCGCGCCGACGUUAUACGGCCACCAGAGAUCGAAAAGUCAUGUGCCGCCUGGGAGUACCGGUGGUAGUGGUGGGGGUUUAACAAGUGGGAGCGGAAGCGGUGGUGGGAAAAAUAUACCGCAGGGAGGGGAUAAAGUUGACAUUACACCUUUUGGGGCGGUUAGAAGGGUGGGCAAUGGAUCGGUGCCUGAGAUGAAAGUUGGGCCGUGUAUGACUUGUGCUUCGACCGUGCGCUGGCCUACACAUUUGACGGUGUUUAGGUGUACGGUGUGUUUAGGAAUUAAUGAUCUCGUACCGUUUCAAAAGACGGUGAAGACCGAUGAGAAGGGCAAGGGGAAACAGAAUACAACACCGGCUCCUCCUCCACCGCCAAUUACUGUGGAACGGACUCAAGCGAUUAUUACUAAUUGUAUUGAGUCAUUCCUGAGAGCUAGGAAAGCAAUGGUGGAAGGGAAGACGCCCCGUGGCACUCCAACUUCUUCGGUCGCCUCGAACGGGCCUAGGAAGAUACCAAGGCCUAGCGGGAAUACGCACUUGAUGACACCGGCGCCUUAUCCAGCGUUUGAAGACGGAAGGCUGGAUCACAAUCGUCGACCUAGCGAUGUCGGUAAUGCGCCGAGCCAUCUAAGACAAUUGUCUGUUAGCGUCCCAGAGAGACCUGGAGCGCCUGGUAUGAAGAGGAGUGUUAGUUCUGAGGCGUCGCCGGGUGCUAUAUCUCCAAAGAAGCCGGAAAUGGCAUAUUCUCCUAGACGGCUGGAGCAGCGAGCACUGACCGAAAGGAUUUUUCGCCCGUUGGAGGAGUAUAUUGUACGUUCUUUCUCUAGUUGGGUGACUGUCGAGACGUCUUUUCUUAAAGUGGGACCGGAUGAACUUGCGGAUACAUCAAAGCUUUCUGGAUCGCCGGAUAAGAGUUCCUCGACGAUGGAUAGGGCGAUGCGGAGACAACGAGAGAGGUUGCGGUUGCAGAGUCCUUGGAUCGAUUGGAAACAGGUGGCGGAUUUCUAUGAAGCGAUAUCUACGGCUGGCGAUCAUAUCGCUGCUGAAAUGUUUCAUUUGGAAGAGGCUAGUUCGAGGAACCUUCGUGAUGAGGAGAACGGAGGGAACAAACGACCUUUCACACGGGAGGAGGCGGAGGAAUUGGAGUCAGAUAUCGAUGAAGCUAGGGAUCACCUCGAGCGAGUGCUCCUCAAGGCGGUAGAGCAUCUUUUGAAACGCCCAGGGAAGCCGCUUCAAACGCCUGAGGAUUCUAGAACGUUGUUGGUCAUCAUGGUUUGUCCGCUUUUGCAUCCUUCUAGUGCAGGGGAAUUGGCCUCGUCGAGGUCAAGAGCAAUGCGGAUGAGGACUUGGACACGAACACGGAAUAAACCACAAUCUAAGUCGACAUCUGCGAGCGGUGGGGGUCCUGGCCAGCAUUCUAGUAUUAUCAAGAGAGUACUGGGCCUUAUAUCCAACCUUCCGAAUGAAUCGCAUCAUUUCCUGGUAUCGUGGUUUUCACGACUUCAGGAACCGGACUUUAGAAAAUUGGUGGAUUUCUCAGGGAGUUUUAUUACUUAUAGGCUUACGAAGCAGUUUGGGAAGCAUAUGACGCAAGAAGCGACGCAAAGAGUUAGAGGGGUUGUGUAUGCGGAUGAUUGGCAAAUCAAAGCUGCUUCGAAAGUUUUAUCUCUGCUUGCGGCUGCGAAUACCUCGGCGGCACUGAAGAAGCGGGAGGCGGACGGUCAUCUGGAAAAUUGGUUUAAUGCGAAUGCUGAGGUCUUAGCAGUUGAUUCUAUCGGAGAAGGUCAUCUUGCUCGGCAGCAGGCUUUGGUCCGAGGUCAUAUCAUCCCCACCAGCGACUUUUACAACAGUAUGCUUGAUUAUGCGGAUUUGAUUGCGGAUUACGAUCAAUGGGAAGCUAAAUCCGGAAAAUUCAGUUUCUGCCAGUAUCCGUUCCUUCUGUCGAUGGGGUCUAAGAUCCAGAUUUUGGAGUAUGAUGCCAAGCGACAGAUGGAGGUUAAGGCACGCGAAGCGUUUUUCAAUAGUAUUGGAUUACGUAGGACGUUUAACCAAUACCUUUUGUUACGGGUUCGACGGGACUGUCUUGUCGAGGAUAGCUUGAAGAGGAUUAGCGAGAGUGUCGGUGGAGCUGGUGGGGAUAUUAAGAAGGGGUUGAAGAUUGAGUUUGAAGGAGAGGAUGGAAUUGAUAUUGGGGGACUGAGGAAGGAGUGGUUUUUAUUGUUGAUCAGGGAUAUCUUUGAUCCGAGGCAUGGGAUGUUUGUCUAUGAUGAAGAUUCGAGAUAUUGUUAUUUUAACCCUCAUACCUUCGAGGCUACGGAACAGUAUUUCCUUGUCGGGGUUUUACUUGGAAUGGCGAUUUACAACUCUACGAUUCUGGACGUGGCGCUGCCACCUGUUGUGUUUAAGAAGCUGCUGAGUCCGAGUUCGACUGUUAGCACGCCUAGCAAAUUUUCGACGCCAUCGCCGACUGCACGACUACCGUUCACUUCGACGCUUGAGGACCUUGCCUUGUUUCGCCCCGCGCUGGCGAACGGGUUACGGCAAUUGCUGGAAUUUGAGGGAGAUGUGGAGUCUACGUUUUGUCGAGACUUUGUGGUUGAAGUUGAUCGGUACGGGCAGAACAUGCAGGUUCCGUUGGUGCCUGGCGGGGAGAACAAACCGGUUACGAACGAAAAUAAAAGAGAAUUCGUGGAUCUAUAUGCGCAAUACCUUCUUGAUACAUCGGUGGCGCGACAAUUUGAACCGUUUAAGAGAGGGUUCUGGACGGUAUGUGGGGGGAAUGCGUUAACUCUUUUCCAACCGGAUGAAAUUGAACUUCUUGUCCGCGGGUCUGAUGAGCCCUUGGAUGUGACUGCCCUUCGUGCGGUGGCGACGUAUGAGAAUUGGUCUACGUCUUCACCGCAUGAAGUUAACCUUGUCAGAUGGUUCUGGGAGACGUUCGAAAGUGCUACACCGACGAUGCAGAGGCAAUUGCUAGGGUUUAUUACUGGGAGUGAUAGGAUUCCUGCAAUGGGGAUUGCGAAUAUGGUGUUGAAGCUUGUGUACGGUGGACCGGCGAGUGUUCAUGGGAGGAAGAAAGGGGUGGAAAGGUAUCCUAUUGCCAGGACAUGUUUUAAUAGUAUUACGCUUUGGGGGUGGGGGGAUAAAGAGACGUUGGAGAGGGUUUUGUGGAGGGCUGUGAGGGAGAGUGAGGGGUUCGGGUUGAAGUGA